AUGUCUUUCUUGAAACUCUCCACGUGGAUUACCUCGCUACUAGUGAUUUUGGCGUCUGGCAACCUCAUUGACCCCAAAGGCUAUGCUCCCGAGGAUACAAUUGUCGUCGAUGUUGCGAUCAUUGGAGGUGGUUCGGCGGGAACUUACGCUGCCAUCAACUUGCAGAAGAUGGGCCAAAAAAUUGUCCUCAUCGAAAAAAAGAAACACCUGGGUGGCCACACAAACACUCAUACCGAUCGCUCUACCAAUCUGACGAUCGAUUAUGGAUUGCAAGCAUUUAUGAACAGCUCCACUACCCUCGAUUAUUUCGCCUACUUGGACGUUCCUUUGAUCAACUACAGAGGUCCAAAUCUUACCUUUCAAACGGUCGAUUUCACUACAGGUCGACCUGUCCAAUUGAACGCCAGUCAAGAUUUCAGUGGAUGGGCUGCCCAGCUUGCCAAGUAUCCUUGGCUAGACUCCACUUGGAAAGUUCCACAGCCCGUUGAUCCGGACCUGCUUUUGCCCCUGGGAGAUUUCCUUGCCAAGUAUAACCUUACAAGUAGCUCAUUUGCCCUAUACUUCAGUGCACAGGGGCUUUCAAACGUUCUUCAGCAACCUACAGUGAAUGUGAUGAAGAUGGUGGAUCCGGCGUUCCUAUACGCAAUGGCAGGAGGUGGCCUCAUAAAUGCUCACAACAGCAACAAAGAGAUCUACAGGAAGGCGGAGAAGAAAUUGGGAUCAAAUGCGUUGACGAAAACGACAGUCACAGCGGUCACAAGACCAGCUAAUGGACCCGUGUCAAUAGCUGUCAAGAAUCACUCCGGGUCCAAGUUGAUUCAGGCAUCCAAAGUUUUGAUCACCAUACCUCCAACCUUACACAAUCUGGAUGUCUUUGACCUCAACCUGGAAGAGCUCGGAGUGUUCACACAGUGGAGUUAUUUUGGAUACUAUACCAUACUUCUUAACAAUAGCGGCCUACCAUCCGGAUUCCAGUGGAUCAACACCAAUACUUCGGACUCAGCAUACAACAUUCCUUCGCAGCCCAGCGCGUCGCAAAUUACCGGAACUCGCAUACAAGGCGUGGUCUACGUUUGGUUCCGCAGUCCGUAUGAUAUGUCGCGGUCGGAAGUCGAAAAGGCCGCGAUUAAGGCUAUCCGCAAGAUCCAGAAAGCUCGGAAUCUGACACAAACGACACCAAAAGUCCUCAAAUUCAAAUCCCAUACACCAUUCAAGCUGAGUGUUGGCGCUGAAUGUAUUGAGAAUGGAUUCUAUGAUACUCUCUAUGCUUUACAGGGGAAGCGCAAUACGUGGUAUUCGGGGGCUGCUUUCAUCGGCCAUAAUAGUGGUUUGAUCUGGGAGUUCACUCAGAACUUGUUGCCACAAAUUGUCGCCAAUUGA